AAGUGAGGAGUACGUAUUAUUUAACUAGUCCACAAAAAAAGCAACCAACUUAGUACUACAUUAAUACUUAUUUUUGUGAAAAUGGAUGGAAUAGAGCACAAAUAUAUUGAAGUGAAUGGUCUAAAUCUUCAUGUAGCUGAAAUCGGAAAUGAAUCUUCUCCAGUUGUUGUGUUUUGCCAUGGAUUCCCAGAAAUUUGGUACUCUUGGCGGCACCAGAUGAUCGCUUUAGCCAAAUCUGGUUUCAGAGCCAUAGCAUUUGAUUACAGAGGAUAUGGCUUGUCUGAUCAGCCACUCGAACCCGAAAAGGCCACACUUUCUGAUUUUGUUAACGAUCUUCUCGGACUCCUCGAUGCUCUGAACAUCUCGAAGGUUUUUCUAAUAGGUAAAGAUUUUGGAGCUGCUGUUGUUUCCUCCUUUGUCCUUUUCCACGAGAAGAAGGUUGUCGGAUUUGUAACGAUAGGCGUCCCAUUCGUGGUCGGAAACCCUCUUAAGAAUCAUGAUCAACUCCCUGAGGGCUUCUAUGUUUAUAGAUGGAGAGAGCCUGGGCGAGCAGAAGCCGAUUUUGGUAGAUUUGAUGCUAAAACAGUUGUAAGAAACAUUUACAUCCUUUUCUCUAGAAGUGAAAUGCCAAUAGCUGAUGAAAAACAAGAAAUCAUGGACAUGGUGGAUUCAUCAACUCCUUUACCCCAUUGGUUUACAGAACAGGAUCUUGAAACUUAUAGUGCCUUAUAUGAGAAAUCUGGAUUCAGGACUGCAUUGAAAGUUCCUUAUAGGUCAUACGGAGAACGAACAAACAAGCUACCAGUUAAUCCAAAAGUUCAAGUUCCAGCACUGCUGAUAAUGGGUGAGAAGGACUAUGUCCUAAAAUCUCCAGGAAUGGAAGAGUACAUAAGGACUGAAAAGGUGAAGGAUUUUGUACCAAAUUUGGAGAUAGUGUUUAUUCCUGAAGGAACUCAUUUUGUUCAAGAGCAAUUUCCAGAUGAAGUUAAUCAACUUGUUCUCAGCUUCCUUAAAACCCAUAGUCAACCUUGAAAUUUUAUGAGUGUUAAUUUUAAAAAGCAUUAUAGUAUAUAAUAGUUUUAGCAGUGAUAUAUAUUUAUAGCAUUUGAUGUUGUUAUAAUCUAUCUUGGAAUGAAGUACUAUAAUUCUGUUGAUAUGAGACUGAUAUGAAGUGAAUGUCCUCUAUUUAACUGUCUCUCAA